UUGUCAUUGGUGUCACUGUCAUAUACGAAUGUAUCGUUUAUCCUAAAUCACAGCCUAAAUAAAAAAACGUUUUGUGAAUUGUGAUUAUAACCUAUAAUCUCCAACAUCAACAAAUGGGAUUUCCGUGUUUCAUUAGUUUUUAUGUGAUAAAAACAUAACUAUCUGCUUUAUGCAUAUAAAUUGUAACGAUUAAUUUAAAGGGAUAUAUCAAAAUGGGCAAAGUGGACAAUGGGCCUAAAAGGGGCCGUGGAAGAGGUAGAGGUGGCCGAGGCCGGGGUCGCGGACGUGGGAGAGGCCGCGGUAGAGGCAAGAAGGCGAUGAAGGCGAUUGAAAGUGACGAAGAGAUUGAGCAGCAGCAGCAAGCUCCACCAACAAUAGAAGAACCUACAGCUCAAGAUGUAGAGGAUAUACAAGAAAAUGCUGGCCUGCCUCCAAUUGAUUUGGAAGCAGACAUAUCUCAGCUAGAGGCUCCCACAUUUACAACAAUUAACAGAGGUCCUCCAGAACCUAUGCUCAGACUUGACUGGAGUCACAAGGUGAAUCUGAUAGGAGAAAAAGUAUUGAAUCCAAUGAUUCACUGCUGCGACACCUGUCUCAAACCCAUUUUGAUAUAUGGUCGGAUGAUUCCAUGCAAGCAUGUAUUCUGCUUGGCUUGUGGGAAAAAGGAGCAAAAGCAGUGCCCUAGAUGUCUAGAAAAAGUUACAAGAGUGGAACAGACUGGUUUAGGAACUGUGUUCAUGUGCACACAUGGAGGCACCAGAUAUGGCCAAACAGGCUGCCGCCGAACGUACCUUUCUCAGCGCGAUUUGCAAGCGCACAUUAACCAUCGACACGUGCAGUCCGCCAAUACAGUCGUAGGUGGUCAACAAGUGCACAUGCCGGUGGACCAUCAUCAGGUGCCUAUUAGUGGGCAGGAAGUUAUGGAGCCGCAGAUGCUAGCCCAACAGCCGAUGCAACAGAGAAUACCCCCAGUGCCAUUGGCUGCGCCACUAAGAGCAAAAACCGCAGGGGAUCCCCGGUCAGUGGGAGGGUCUACGAUAACAGCGAACAGGGGAAGACAGCCACCCUCUUGUCAGUCUGGUGGUGUCAGGACCAACUUAAUAACAGUCCCUCUACAAGACUCAUCGUCGUCGACUCCGUCCACACCAGAUACCUCGCUGGGAGGACCUUUGCCUGGUCAACAAUCCUACUACACUGGAGGACAUCAACAGUAUCAACCGUCCAUCGCCAGCACUCAGCCGAAUGUAGUUUAUGUGGCCGGUAAUGGCGGAAAUACACCAGUAACAGCAGGUACAGCUGGCAUGCCUCCCCUUCAUAUGCCGCCCCCAGCGACUGGGGGUGCUCCUCCACCGCCAACCCAGCAUCAGCAGCACUACUAUCACCCUGGAGGAGCCGCUACGCAUCCCCACCACGGCUACGGACCACCUGCUUAUGCUGUUACGACGGCGUAUGCCCCUUCGACGGCCCCCCCGCCGCAAUACGCUACCCCUGGGACACAGCAGCCCCCCGGUGGGGGCAGGGCUGCCCAACAGUACGAAUAUGGAGCACCACCUCCACAACAGUGGGCUACCGCACCACCGCAACAAUACUAUAGGUGAAAUUUUCCAGAUAAAUGUUAUGUACUGAUAAUUAAUAAAUAAUUUAUAUUGGAUUUUGAA